AUGGUCACCCACCCGCGCAUCUCUGCCAGCGACUCUUCCUACCGUGCCUCCGGGACUGGGCCAGAAUCCAUAGGCUCUGUCUCCAUUCCCGAGGCUUUGCUGCCAGCUCCACGGGAAGCGCCUUCCCAAGAACCGAUGGGAUUUGCUCCACCAACCUCACGCUCCCACGUGGCGGUCCCGGGAGCCACAGAUCAGGCGCCCGCCGCCGUCGAUGGCGCCCAUGUGCCGUCCCUUUCGAGGCAGCUGCUGGGUAGCAAAUUCGGCGUCCUGACGAAAGCGAUCAGCGUGGUUGACGGGUCCGUCCGCAACCUGCCGCCGCUGCCGCAGAUCGUGGUAGCCCGGGAGGAGGAUGCCAAGAUUGUGGUGUCCUGCGAGGGACAUGUGUCGCGAGAGCUGGCCUCGCGGGACUUGAUCCUGGGCGCUGUGACGGAGCUGAUGGACGCCGAAACGCCUGCUACGGAAGCACAGUCCCCGCAAUACUCGGAGAAGGAGAUCGUCAUCUCGAUCUUCGAUGUGGCUGUUCCCACUCUGGAAUGCGUCGAUCUGCCAGGCAUUCGACAAGACACGAGCACCGGAGCUAGAGGCAUCACUGAAGCCAUCGUGCAGAGCUACUUGGAAAAGGAAUGCAUCAUUUUGUGCGUGAUUGAAGGGAGCAAAGGCUCCCUUUCCACCGCGCGCGCGCUGGCCAUGGUCAAAGAACAGGACCGCUGCAAGGACACGAUCCUGGUGUUUACCAAGGCAGACGAAGUUGUUCCGCGUAACGUCAAGCCGUACAUCGUUGACCGUAUCCUUGGGAUCUCAGACGACCCGGAGCUUCAAGGUACUGAGUUCGCAGGCUGCUUCGCCGUCGUAAAUCGCUGCACGCGUUGGGAGGUCAGUCUGGACGCCGCAACAGAAUUCGAGCGCGCGCAAUUUGAGGACACCGUCUUCAAAAAUAGCCACGUGUUAAAGCGUGAUAAUCUGCCACGUGGCUGCGACCUCGUGGAGUUCGAGCGGAGAAUUCAGGAGAGGAUCACAAUACCAAAUCUGCUGAAGUGCCUGGACGACGAGUUCAGCAAGUACAUCGUUCGAGAGUGGAAGCCCAGGGCCCAAAACGCCCUGAUUAUGAGGACCUUGAGAGUGCGGGAAGCAAUCAAACGCUUGGGUAAACCGGUGGGAGAGAUGUCAAUUUGUGCAGUGCUGGGUAUUUUACGUAAGGAGAUACGUCUGAAGUCACUGUGCGACGACAUCAGAAAGAUUGGAGAGCGAAAUCCGGAGCACUCUGACCUUCAAUAUCUAGAUUUCGGCAGCAACAACAGUUUCAGCCAAUUGUUUAAGCUGCCGAUGGACAUUGGCCGUCGCCAGCGCUGGGGCAGUCCAGAGUGGGCCCUCCGAUGCGAGAAACGGGCAAGAAAUCUUCUCGAAGCUUGCCAAAAAGCAACGGGCGACGAUUCCUUCCUGCCGCCACUUCUGUCGGCGGUUGACGCGGCAUUUAAGCGGGACUAUUUGAUUUCCGGCAGAAAGAACCACAUCAAUUUCCGCCGUUUCGACACCCUCCGUGCCCUGCUCCUCGAAAAAGUCGUCCCCAGACUCUACCGGGAUGCGAUGGAGAAAGUCGGGCACUUUGCAGCUCGCGCGGGCACAGCGCUGAUGGACGCCUCCUACGCGAAGGCGCCGAUACCCCCGGAAAGAUUAGUGGAGCUACAGGAGUCGAUCACCGGGUGCGUACUUCACCAUCUUGUGCACUUGGUUGAAAAAAAGCUGGCACUUGGGGCAGGCAUUCCGGACGACUUUUGCCUCGAGGAAAACGCAUGGUACGCGCAGCGCCGGCUCAAGCUUCUAGAGCAGUUUGCAAAGCUGGGGGAUGCCAAGACAACAAUUGAUAGCAUCGACUAG